AGGAAAAGAGAGAAGGGUAAGGUUAUUAAACCGACGAAGCCUGAACCCUUUAACAAAGAUCUACGCAAGAUGGACAAAUUCUUCUCAGAACUUAUAACCUAUUUCAAAUACUUCCCUCGUACCUUAAAGGAUAACGAAGACAGAGUUAUCUUCACAGGCAGCUGCCUUAUAGGAGACGCCAAAACAUAG